CCGACCAAUGAUUCGCGACCAAAAUAAAGGUCCAUUGCAGUCAUUCGCUGACGGGCGGAGUAGGUUCCGUCAAAUCUUCCAAAUAUCACUUGACGUGAAUCAUUGUCAAAUUAUUAGAUAUUGGGCAAAUAACAAAUUUACAAAAUGUAUUCCUCAUUGCGUAUGAAGGCCGCAAAAUGUCCUUCGGACGAGUUGGCCAUUACCAACUGUGCCCUCAUCAACAAAGAAGAUUUUCCCAGUGAUGUCAAACACAUUGAAGUAACUACAGGGCCUUCACAGAGUUUCGUCUUCAGCACCCGCUUUUACAGUGGGGUUGAGAGUGGCACAGUGGGAUUCUCAGCCCCUCAGAGAAAAUGGGCAACACUCUCCAUUGGCCAACCGAUCGAUGUCAAGCCAUUCAAGCCCCAAAGUGCAGAUUGCCUAUGCAGUGUUACUUUAGAAGCUGACUUUAUGUCUAAGAAAACCGUAUCAACGGAGCCGUACGACUCGGAGCAGAUGGCGCGCGACUUCUUGAUUCAGUUCGGCAACCAGAUGUUCACCGUCGGCCAGCAGCUCGCUUUCUCCUUCCAGGAUAAGAAGGUGCUGUCGCUGACUGUCAAAAACUUGGAAGCUGUUGACGCGCAAGCCAUGGCGCAGGGCUCUAAGGUGGUGCCGCGGCGCGUGCGCCUGGGCCGGCUGCUGCCCGACGCCUGCAUACAGUUCGACAAGGCCGAGAACUCCUCGCUCAACCUCGUCGGGAAGGCCAAGGGAAAACAACCACGACAGUCUAUUAUCAACCCGGACUGGGACUUCGGCAAGAUGGGCAUCGGCGGUCUGGACAACGAGUUCAACGCCAUCUUCCGGCGAGCGUUCGCUUCUCGCGUCUUCCCUCCCGAGCUCGUCGAGCAGUUAGGCUGCAAACACGUGAAGGGUAUCCUGCUGUACGGGCCGCCCGGAACCGGUAAAACUCUGAUGGCGCGUCAGAUCGGCCAGAUGCUGAACGCGCGCGAACCGAAGAUCGUCAACGGCCCUCAGAUCUUGGACAAGUACGUGGGUGAGAGCGAAGCCAACAUUCGACGGUUGUUCGCUGAUGCCGAAGAAGAAGAAAAGAGGGCUGGUCCUAACAGCGGUCUGCACAUCAUCAUAUUCGACGAGAUCGACGCCAUCUGCAAGGCGCGAGGCUCCGUCGGGGGCAACACGGGCGUCCACGACACUGUCGUCAACCAGCUGCUGUCAAAGAUCGAUGGCGUGGACCAACUCAACAACAUCCUCGUCAUCGGCAUGACGAAUCGUCGCGACAUGAUCGACGAGGCGCUGAUGCGACCGGGCCGUCUAGAGGUCCAGAUGGAAAUCGGUCUGCCGGACGAGAAGGGCCGAGUCCAAAUCCUUAAUAUUCACACUAAGCGUAUGAAAGAAUAUAAGAAGUUGGCGGAGGACUUUGAUUCGAAGGAGUUGGCAGCGCUCACGAAGAACUUCUCCGGAGCCGAGCUGGAGGGCCUGGUGCGCGCCGCGCAGUCCACGGCCAUGAACCGGCUCAUCAAGGCCUCCAGCAAGGUGGAGGUGGACCCGGAGGCCAUGGAGAAGCUGAGGGUGGAAAGGGCCGACUUUAUGCACGCCUUGGAGAAUGAUAUCAAACCGGCCUUUGGUACGGCGGCAGAAGCCUUAGAGCACUUCCUGGCGCGCGGCAUCAUCAACUGGGGCGCUCCCAUCUCGGCGCUGUUCGAGGACGGCCAGCUCUACAUACAGCAGGCGCGCGCCACUGAAGCCAGCGGUCUAGUAUCAGUACUGCUAGAAGGCCCGCCCAACAGCGGUAAGACCGCGCUGGCGGCGCAACUGGCCAAGAUGUCCGACUUCCCGUUCGUGAAGGUGUGCUCGCCCGAGGACAUGGUCGGCUUCACGGAGACCGCCAAGUGUCUGCAGAUCAGGAAGUACUUCGACGACGCCUACCGUUCCACUCUAUCGUGCAUCCUGGUGGACAACAUCGAGCGUCUGCUGGACUACGGCCCCAUCGGGCCGCGCUACUCCAACCUGACCCUUCAGGCGUUGCUCGUGCUGCUGAAGAAGCAGCCGCCCAAGGGCAGGAAGCUGCUCAUCCUUUGCACCAGCAGCCGCAGACAAGUCCUAGAGGACAUGGAGGUGACGUCCGCGUUCACGGGCGUGCUGCACGUGCCCAACCUGUCGCAGCCCGAGCACGUCAUGUCCGUGCUCGAGGAGAGCGACGUCUUCUCCAAGCGCGACCUGCAGAAGAUUCAGCACGACCUGCGCGGGGCCAAGAUCUUCAUCGGAAUCAAGAAGCUGCUAGCGCUAAUAGACAUGGUGAAACAGACGGAAGAGGAGAACAGAGUGUUCAAGUUCCUCACAAAGAUGCAAGAGGAAGGCGGACUCGACCUGGGCACGACUAUACAAUAAGGAUCAUCGCAACCUUAGGGACUGCACUCGCAUACCACGCGCACCUCACCCGACCUCACGCACUCCAGGCCGAACUCCAAGUCCACCGAGUGCACGCCAUGUACAUCCGACCUUAGAAGCUACGAGAUAGACUACGACGAAAUAAGCGAAUGUUCCGAGAUAGCAGAGUCCAGGAAGAAGGGCCGCUCGCCCAAAGGCAACGAACUCUCCCCCG